AUGUCACUUUCUAAAAAGCUGACUUUGGUCAAGCUGGACAUAAAGGGAAAGCGGGUCGUGAUGAGGGUGGACAUCAAUGUUCCUAUGAAGAACAACCAGAUAACAAAUAACCAAAGGAUCAAGGCUGCUGUCCCAAGUAUCAAAUUCUGCUUGGACAAUGGAGCCAAGUCGGUUGUCCUUAUGAGCCACUUGGGCCGACCUGAUGGUGUUCCCAUGCCUGACAAGUACUCCCUAGAGCCGGUUGCCGCAGAACUCAAGUCUCUGCUGGGCAAGGAUGUUCUCUUCUUAAAGGAUUGUGUGGGCCCAGAAGUCGAGAAUGCCUGUGCCAACCAAGCAGCUGGCACUGUCAUCCUGCUGGAGAACCUCCACUUUCAUGUGGAGGAAGAAGGGAAGGGAAAGGAUGCUUCUGGAAACAAGAUUAAAGCUGAGCCAGCCAAAAUUGAUGCUUUCUGAGCCUCACUGUUCAAACUUGGGGAUGUCUAUGUCAAUGAUGCUUUUGGUACUGCACACCAAGCCCACAGCUCCAUGGUGGGUGUGAAUCUGCCACAGAAGGCUGGUGGGUUUUUGAUGAAGAAGGAGCUGAACUACUUUGCCAAAGCUUUGGAGAGUCCUGAACGACCCUUCCUGGCAAUAUUGGGAGGAGCUAAAGUAGCAGACAAGAUCCAGCCGAUCAAUAAUAUGUUGGACAAAGUCAAUGAGAUGAUCAUUGGUGGUGGAAUGGCUUUUACCUUCCUUAAGGUGCUCAACAACAUGGAGAUUGGAACUUCUCUGUAUGAUGAAGAAGGAGCCAAGACUGUCAAAGAUCUCAUGGCUAAAGCUGAGAAAAAUGGUGUGAAGAUUAACUUGCCUGUUGACUUUGUCACUGCUGACAAAUUUGAUGAGAAUGCCAAGACUGGCCAAGCUACUGUGGCCUCUGGUAUACCUGCUGGCUGGAUGGGCCUGGACUGUGGUCCUGAGAGCAGCAAGAAAUAUGCUGAGGCUGUGGCUCGAGCCAAGCAGAUUGUUUGGAAUGGACCUGUUGGGGUCUUUGAAUGGGAAGCUUUUGCCAAGGGAACCAAGUCCCUCAUGGAUGAGGUGGUAAAAGCCACUUCUAGGGGUUGCAUCACUAUCAUAGGCGGUGGAGACACUGCCACUUGCUGUGCCAAAUGGAAUACAGAGGAUAAAGUCAGCCAUGUGAGCAAUGGGGGUGGUGCCAGUCUAGAGCUCCUGGAAGGUAAAGUCCUUCCUGGGGUGGAUGCUCUCAGCAAUGUUUAGUAUUUUCCUGCCUUUUGGUUCCGGUGCACAACCCCUAAGUCAACUCAGUGUGUUUUCCGCAUCUCCAUUUGGAGUUAGUGCA